AUGCUGGCCGUGAAGGAAGAGAGACUGAGCCCUGUGACCCCUGAGCUUUAUACCAAGUAUGACGUGGAUGGGACGGAAUACCUCGUAGUCCACCCAUUCUAUGCAUAUUGGCAGAGUUUCUGUACUCAGAAAAACUUUGCUUGGAAAGAAGAAUACGACACACGACAAGCCUCGAACCGCUGGGAGAAACGAGCUAUGGAAAAAGAGAACAAGAAAACGAGAGAUAAAGCAAGGAAAGAGAGGAAUGAACUGGUCCGUCAGCUAGUAGCCUUUAUUCGAAAACGGGAUAAAAGAGUACAGGCUCACAGAAAACUUGUAGAAGAACAAAAUGCAGAAAAAACUAGGAAAGCAGAGGAAUUUCGGAGGCAGCAGAAGCUCAAACAAGCCAAGCUUGCUGAGCAGUAUAAAGAGCAGAGCUGGAUAACUAUGUCAGAUCUGGAGAGAGAGUUGCAAGAGAUGGAGGCACAAUAUGAAAAGCAAUUUGGAGAUGGAUCAGAUAAUGAAGAUGAAUUAGAAGAACAGGAGACAAAAGGCAUUGAAGACAAACUGAAUGAUGAAACUGAAGAAGCUGAAUUUGUUGAUGGUCUGUACUGCCCUGCUUGUGACAAAUUGUUAAAAACUGAGAAAGCCAUGAAGAAUCAUGAAAAAUCAAAGAAGCAUCGAGAGAUGGUAGCACUGUUACGACAGCAACUGGAAGAAGAAGAAGGGAAAUUUCCUGUGUCUUUGGAUGAUGCAAAUGGAAUACAUGCGAAAGAGGAGGAAGAAAUAGAAGACAUGCCCAAGCAGAAACUCUCGAAGAAGCAGAGGAAGAAACAGAAAACAAUGAUGACUUACGAGGACUCUUUUGAUAAAAGUGCUGAUGAAGAAACAGAUGAACAAAAGGAGGUGCCUGGUGUGGACAAGGACAGUGGCUUAGCAGAGGAGUUGGUAAAUGGUGGCCAAAGAUGUGCUGUGUCAGAGGACGCAAGCACUACAGAAGAUGUCUGCCAAGUGAAUGAUGCAACAAGUGAAGCGAAAAGCAGUACUAAGCCUAAAGGGAAAAAAGCCAAGGAUGCAAGGAAGUCUGCUAAGGCAUCUUCAGAGCAGCCAACAAUGAAUGAAGUUCCCAUCCACUGUGUAACCUGUAACUGUGCAUUUCCAUCCCGAAAUAAACUGUUUGAACACCUAAAAGCCACAGGACAUGCAAAAGCAACGCAAACACCAGCUGUAAAUGGAGCUGUAAACACCAGAAACAAAAAAGAGAAACGUAAAAACAGAUAG